AUGGCCGAUCGAUCGGCGGGUCGCUCUGCCUUGACUGCGCAGGAUUCAGUGGGGGCGGCGGUUGCGGCGUCCAAGGUGGCUCAGCGCGUGACUGUCGAUCCGGCGCCGGGGCGGCGGCCCAAGGCGCAGCCGCUCCAGCAGGCGGCGCCCGGGCAGGUGCCGGCCCCGGUCACGCCGGCACGCCGCGACGAGGUCACAGGGGUGGAGAAGGGCGGCGGCCGCGAGCGGCAGGACUGGGUGCGGCAGCUGCUUGAGGGGCUGUGGCCGUACGCGCGGGAGGCCGCCGAGCGGCUCGCCUGCCAGGUCAUCCCCGAGCAGCUGGAAGCCAGCCGCCCGCCCUUUGUGUACGAGCUGCGCCUGGAGCGGUUCAGCCUGGGGGAUGCGCGGCCAGAGAUCCGGGACAUCCGUGUGCACAGGGGCCCGGGCGGCGGCGGGCUGGAGGAGAUGUUUCUGGAAUUCGAGGCCGAGUGGCGCUCGCAGCAGGAUGUGGAGCUUCACAUUCUUGUGCCCCGGCUGCCGGUGGCGGUGGCAGAGGUGACCCCAGACUGCCUGGAGGAUGCGAUGCGCCUGGUGAUGCGCCUGCGCGUGCGUCUCAAGCAGGCGUGGAUCAGGGCGGGGGUGCGGCUGGCGCUGCGACCCCUGCUGCGCCGCCUGCCCGUGGUGGGGGCGCUGCAGGCAGGCCUCACGCGCGUCCCUGAGUUCGGCUACGACCUCCAGCUGUCCGUGGCCUCGGCAGCGCUGGUGCCGCUGAUCCGCCAGUGGCUGGACGGCGCGGUGCGCGACCUGCCCUGGGUGCUUCCCGAGCACUACUUCCUGCCCAUCGACCCCGGGGUGCGAGAUGUGGAGCGCCCCGCUGGAGUGCUGGCGGUGCGGGUGCUGGGAGCAGAGAAUGUGCCCAAGCCGGGGCUGCUGGCCAGCGCGCGCCCCAUGCUGGAGCUGUUUGUACGGGACAGCCAGCGCCGGCAGACGUGCGUGGCGCCCGUUGGGAGCAGCCCCACCUGGGGCAAGCCGCGCUUCGAGUUCCCAGUCAGCGUGCCGGAGCACCAGGAGCUGUGCCUGGUGCUGUACCACUACCGAGACUGGGUGCCGAACGAGGAGGUGGGGCGGGCGGUGGUGCCGCUGCGCAGCCUGCCGCCCGGGCGGCCGCGGGAGGUGGAGCUGGUCGUCAGGUCGCCAGCAGAGCAGCAGCACGACGAUGAGCAGCAGCGGCUGGGAGGCCUGGGCCGGGCUGCGCUGGCGCUGGGCCGCCCCUUCACCAAGCGGGGCUCCCAGCUGUGCAAGCUGCGCCUGCAGCUGGUGGGCGGCGGCAGGGUGGAGGGGCAGCGGCGGCUGGAGGGCGGCGCUGGGGCGGUGGUGCAGCUGGAAGCUCAAUACAAGCCCUACUUCUGA